CUACAAUGGGCCACGAAGAGUCAGAGCCCAACAGCAGUAAACUUUCCAAUCUUUCUACUGCGAAAGAUGCCGAAUGUCAAGAGCAGGAAGACAGUUCGAUCGAAACUUCGAGUGCUAAGCCCGAGCCACUGUACUGUGUUCUAUCCGAGUGGGCGAAAAUCCUGACAAUAUGUACCUGUUCAAUGGUGAUUUUCCUUGGCCCCAUCUCAGCAGGCAUAUAUCUUCCCGCCCUUGGGUCGAUGGCGAGGGAUAUGAAUGUUUCAAUUUCUGAAAUCAACUUAACAAUCACUAUAUUCCAAGCUGUGUCUCCUCUGUUGACUGCCGGGUUCUCUGAUCAAAACGGUCGCCGUCCAGUCAUUAUCACAUGUUUGUUCAUCUUUAUUGGAACCAGCAUUGGACUGGCCUGUCAAACCAAAUUCCCAAUCUUGCUGGUUCUACGAUGCUUACAAGGGUUUGCUAGCAGUAGCGCUGUGGUUAUCUCCACUGCGUCUGUAAAUGAUCUGGUUACACGGGCUGAGCGAGGAAAAUAUAUGCUCUACACCUCGCUUGGGGUCACCCUAGGCCCGGCCAUUGGGCCGACUCUAGGCGGUAUUCUGACACAGUACCUGGGAUGGAGAAGUGUAUUUUGGUUUCUUGCUAUCUGCUCGAGUGUGGUCGUCUCCAUUAUGCUAUUAUUUCUCCCUGAAACCAGCCGUGCCGUAUCUACAUCCCCAGCCAUGGAACAGAUGUGCGCUACAAAUAGCUCGACCUGUGGAGUACGAAAAAGAGCCCAGCACACGAGUCAAUUCAACCAACGUCCAGGGAUUCGGCAAACCCUCACAAUGCUCCUGGACGCCCAUGUUGCUCUCCUUGUCAUCUGCAGUGCUGCCAACACUUUCACAUCCUCGGCUAUUACCAAUAGUUUGACCACUCUACUGGCAGCGAAUUACAAGUUGAUCCCACUGCAUAUUGGAUUGUGUUAUCUUCCUUUCACUUUUGGGGGCCUUUCAAGUCGCUGGACGGCAGGAACAAUUGCGGACUGGUUAUACAGACGUCAGGCACACCAGAUAGGUGAGGAUAUCCAGCCCAAUCGACAAUCUCCCGAGCAGCUCGAGCGUAUGCCGCUUGAAAAGGCUCGCUUGAGGCUGACAAUACCAUUUGUUUAUUUUUGCUGUGUUUGUAUCGUUGGGUACGGCUGGGUCAUGAACUACAAUGUGCAUUUAGCGGGCCCACUCAUCCUGCUGUUCUUUUACGGGAACGCUACUACAGGCGUGAGUAGCACGAUAGCUAUCUUGGCCGUGGAUCUGAAUGCUUCCAGGCCAGCCUCAACGCAUGCUGCUAUGAACUUAGUGAGCUACCUCACAUCAGCCGGAGCUGUUGCGGCUGUGGUCCCACUGAUAGAUAAUACUGGUGUUGGAUGGAUGGGGGUGAUUAUGGCGGGUGUAAUGAUCGUCACUUCGCCCGCUUUGUGGGCUCUCUAUAUAUGGGGAAAGGCCUGGAAAGAGAAGCCAUCUCCAAAGACCUGUAAAUAA